AUGGAAGGAUUCGACGACGAGAAUCCUUUUGAGACAGUUUCUUCUCAGUCAUCUUCUACUGCUCAAAUCGACGUGUCCGAACCGUCUACACCUCCUCCAAAUACUGCGAACCAGUUCUCGCCCAAAUCACCUAACAGGCGGUUUCCAUCCCAUGGCUCUCAUAGGCAACCUCAGUCCAACUCCAAGACCGAGUUCUGUUGUGAGCGUGAUAGAGCGCUGCAUUCUGGAGAGGAAAUUGAAAUCUUGAUUGUUGACGCACUGAAGACGAGUGCUGGUUCUGCUUCACCUUAUAUCACCUAUAUAAUCAAAACAGGGAUUGUACAAGCAAGCCAUCGUUACUCGGAAUUUGAGUCCCUAAGGCAAAGUCUAGUAAAGCUCUAUCCGACUCUCAUUGUUCCUCCAAUACCGUCGAAACAAACCAUUGGAGAUUAUGCGGUCAAGCAGGGCAAGGCCAAAGAGGAUGCGGCUAUGAUAGCUCGGAGAAAGCGAAUGCUUCAAACAUUCCUGAACCGACUAGCAAGACAUCCUAUUUUAUCCAAUGAGCAUGUGUUCCAUCGGUUUUUGGAUGGCGAAGUGUCAUGGACCGAAGUUCUCAAUUCUCCACCUAUAACGCUCCUUCCAAAGAAUAUCUUGAAAGCCCCGUCCCACAACCCGACCGAUCAGAAUGCCUCCCAGUUCUACGCAGCUUUGCCAAACCCCUCUGCCGCUCAUCCAUUAAGACAGCCAGAUCAAAGGUUCCUCGAUUCUGAAGCCUUCACUAAUAAGUUCGCGGUCCAUCUUAGUGGGCCUAUGGAGAAAGUCACACGGAGAACCGUGAAGAGGUGGUCAGAUUAUGCCCAAGACCACUCAGAGUUGGGUGCUGCCUUGAAUGGUUUCAGUCUCAAUGAAAAUGGAUCGCUGUCGGGAGCCAUAGAGAAGACCGGCCAGGCGGUGGAUGCUACGUUCAUGUCCACAACUAAGCUCCUUCAAGAAUUAGAGCAAAACUGGGCGGAGCCUCUCCAAGAAUACUCCCAGUUUUCGUCCAUUAUCAAGAAGCUGCUUGCCUAUCGUCAUCAGAAACACGUUCAGUUUGAGAUGACGCAGGACGCCCUGGAGACCAAACGCGAGCAGAUUGAAGAAUUGGAGAAGAGCGAACGAGAAGCUCAGCGUCUGGAAGAGGCAUUGGGUCGGGGCGGCCUCAGCAGAAGUACACCGGCCGUAUCCCCAAACGAAGACAGUGAAGAAACAGAGAAUAGCGACGGCAACGAGCAGGUAUCACACAGUGCACCACCUUCGUCUGUGGUGCCUCCUCAUCCCGGUCCCAAUCCUGCACGACGGCGGACUCGGGCGCCGGGCAUGGGAUUCCUCAAUGCACUUAGUUAUACUUUGCACGGUAUGAUGGAUGUGGAUCCCGAAACAGCCAGACGGAAUGGGAUAUCCAAAACCAGGGAACAAAUAUCACAGCUUGAGGACGCGUUGCAUCUAGCGGAACAGGACCUCAGAUAUUCAGCGUCGACAAUACAAGUAGAUCUGGAUCGCUUCCAGAGACAGAAAGUGGCUGAUAUCAGAGAAAUGGCGAUUAGCAUGGCAAGGAGUCAUAGGGAUUGGUGCAAGAAGAAUCUCGAGGCAUGGGAAGAAGCCAGGAAAGAAAUAGAGAAAAUCCCGGAGCAUCCCAACAGGUUACCUGCCGCUGCCCAGGACGCGAAAGUACGCAGGGACUCCACUGCCACUAUCGGUGGUCGUUGA